UUCAUUCUGAUCCAACAAACACCAAUAAAGGCAUUUAUUGGAUCAAGAGAAGAGAAAGUGAAAGUAAAUUGUAACCGAAGAAAUCACAAAAGAAGGAUGUCUAAAAGUGUGUCUCAGGGUAAAGGGGUGACUGUCUUCACCUCAAAACCAAAAAGCAGACGGCCCACCGUGUGUAAGAUCCUGGGUAAUCUCUUCUACAGUCCAGCGUUUUUAAUUCCUCCGGAUGCCAAAAAGAAAACAGUGUCCCUUCCAACAAUACUAGGGAUUCUGCAGAUUUUAGUUGGGCUUCUCAACAUCAUAACAGGGAUUUGGUUUGUAAAAUGGGGAAUACAUGAUUACAUUAUGAAGUGGGAUACUCCAUUUUGGCUGGGUGGUGAGUUCCUCAUAUCAGGAAUCAUGACUAUUCUUGCAGCCAACUAUCCUAGUUAUUUUCUAUUCACCCUCACUGUGAUCCUGAAUGAAGUCAGUGCUUUACUGGCGAUAUUAGCUGUUGGACUGUAUUCAUGGGACUUGGAGAACUCAAGCUCUUCUUCGGCCUACGGAUACUCAUCAGCGCUCACCCCCAAACACAGGAGGGAAGAUGAUCCCUUGAUGUUCUUUAAGGAUUUGGAUGUGACGGUCCGCAGAAUUCUAGAUAUCAUGAUGAUCGUUUCUGCCAUCCUUCAACUCUGCAUGAAUGUCACUUUCGUUGUCCCAUCUUUGAAAAAAUGUGCCAGGAAGAAUUCUCUGGACGACCCUCAACUUGACAAGAUGCUCCCGGAAGAGAUCACUGCCAAUCCUGCAUGUUAAAAAAACAAGAUAUAAAAACAGAAAAAUCGAAAUGAUAUCGCAAUGACUGAUCUUCCACUGUUAAAAGAUUUGCACUAACCACCAUUUCAAUUCAUGUUGUUAAUUUUACUCCAGUUUAGUUUACUUGACCAAUGAUGAGUUUAUGGCAUAUUUGCCUUCUUCAUUUAAGCGUCCGAAUGGUAACCUUUGGGAUCUAAAAGGGAUGAAAUUACAAUGUAGCUUAUUGACCAAGAAAGUAUAUAUCAAUGUGUAUAAUUUUAUUGUGUUGUUUAUGUGUCAUGUAGUCAAUUUUUUUUUCCUUUCAAUCAAUUUAUAGGUUAAUAAAAGAUUAAGCAUAAAUGACUU